AAAAGUGUUUUAAUAUUAUUAGUAUUAUUAUUAAGAUUAUUAUUAAGUUAAUAAAUACAGUAUAGAAUUUUUUUUUUAAUUUUUAAUUAUAGAUUAAUUUUUUUUUUAGAAAAAUGUUUAAAACAUUGAAUAACUUUGAAAAACAAGAUAACAAACAAAAUGGUUAUGAAAUCAAUAAUAAUGUCAGUAAUGUUGAAGACACAGAUGAUAUUGUUUAUGUAGACAAUAAUACUGUAGCAAAAACUAACGGUGCAAACGAUGGUUUGGACGACACGAAAGAUACACAAUUGAAACGAUUGACUCGUAUUUAUAGAGAUCUGUUGGAAACGAUUGGCGAAGACACGGAAAGAGAGGGUCUAUUGAAGACACCGGAGAGGGCAGCGAAAGCACUGUUGUAUUUCACUAAUGGAUAUCAAUUGAAAAUCAAUGAUGUCUUGAAUGAUGCCGUGUUUGCUGAAGACACAGAUGAGAUGGUUGUCGUCAAAGAUAUUGAAAUGUUUUCCUAUUGUGAACACCAUUUGGUGCCCAUCUAUGGCAAAGUGUCUAUCGGUUAUCUGCCCGACCAUAAGGUGCUGGGACUCAGCAAAUUGGCCCGAAUUGUUGAAAUGUUUGCCCGAAGACUGCAAGUUCAGGAAAGACUGACCAAACAAAUAGCCGAAGCAGUGGUUGAAGCUAUCAGUCCUUUAGGAGUCGGUGUUGUUGUUGAGGCCAAACACAUGUGUAUGAGCUCUCGUGGGGUACAGAAAAUCAAUGGCAAAACUAUAACCAGUUGUAUGUUUGGAGAGUUUAAAGAUAAUCAUAAAACUAGACAUGAAUUUCUGUCAAUGAUUUAAAAUUAUAAUAAUUUAAUAAUUUAAUAUAUAAUAUAUAUA